AUGCAAAAUAUUAAAAAUGUUAUUCUUCAGUUGAUUAAAUAUAGUAUUGUGGAUGAACAAAUUUAAGAAAUACUUAUUUAAUGUAAGUAAACUCAAUAUAUAAUUAGAGCUCAAUUAAUAGUAAGAUUAAUUAGAUAUUGCAGUUUUAGCAGAAUAAAUUGAAAAUACUGUCAGUCAUUCAGAUAUCAAUUUGAUUUUAAAGCCAAUUUAAGAUGAGAUUAAUGUAUAAAAAUUGGCAUAAGAUAAAUUGGAUAAAUAACUAAAAUAAGUUAAAUUACUUAUUAGUUAAAUUGAUUAUUAAUGUCUUGGCAAAGCUAAUAAAAUGGAUAUUGAAAUAUAAUAACAAAAUAAUAUUAAAUUGCAAUCUUAGAUCCAAGAUUGCAAUUCAAAAAUUGCUCAAAUUAUAUAAUAAUAAGAUAUGAUUACUAACAAUACUCAUUAACUUAUUUAAGAUCAAUUUUUGUAAUAAAUAGAAAUAUUAGAACAGAAUAUUAAAAAGAAUGUGUUAGAAACAUUGGAUACUAUUUUUUAAUGCAACUUUUUAAAAUAUGAUAAGAUGUGUUAAAAUUAUGAAAAAAUGUCAUUUGUUUUAGAAACAAAGGCAGAUUAAUCUCAAUUUGCGGAGAUUAUGCAAUCAAAAGUUAGUAUGUAAUAAUAUCUUCAAACAAAAACAAAGUUGUUUGAUACACUAAAUCAUUUAAAAUAUAUGAUGGAAGCUGUAUUAUAAUUUUUUGAAGCAACAAUUUCAGAAUAAGAUUCAAUAAAUAUGAGAAAAUCAGAUUAAAUAAAAUCAAUCAAUUUAAUUAAAAGUAUUAUCAUAAAAUUGAUUCCGAAUGAAGAAUAAAAAUAAAUUCCAUAAAAAUUUAAUGUUAAAUUGAAACCUACUAUCUUUAAAACUAUUUAACAUUAAAGGAGAAUUAAGACAGAAAUUAAUGAUUGA